CGCUCGUUCGCUACACAAUGAGUUACCAAGCCGAUGUCUUAAAUGCUGCUCACUUGGAAUUGCAGGGGGGAAAUGGCGCUGAAUUGCGCCGUCCCUUCGACCCCACUGCUCACGACUUGGAGCCAACGUUUCGUUUGACGCGUUUUGCUGAUUUGAAGGGUCGUGGUUGUAAAGUGCCCCAAGAGGUGUUGGGCAAGUUGGUGUCGGCCCUGCAACAGGACUACUCGCUGCAAGAUCAAGAUGCUCAAUUCAUGAAUAUGGCCAUACCCCGCAUUGGCAUUGGUCUAGAUUGUUCGGUAAUUCCGUUGCGCCACGGUGGCCUUUGUCUGGUACAGACGACCGAUUUCUUCUACCCCAUUGUCGAUGAUCCCUAUAUGAUGGGUAAGAUUGCCUGUGCCAAUGUGUUGAGUGACCUGUACGCCAUGGGUGUUACGGAUUGUGAUAACAUGUUGAUGCUAUUGGCCGUCAGCACCAAGAUGACGGAGAAGGAACGUGAUGUUGUAAUCCCCUUGAUUAUGCGUGGCUUUAAGGAUUCAGCUCUGGAGGCAGGUACCACUGUGACGGGUGGCCAGAGUGUGGUGAAUCCUUGGUGUACAAUUGGUGGUGUGGCGUCGACCAUUUGCCAGCCGAAUGAGUACAUUGUGCCCGACAAUGCCGUGGUGGGUGAUGUGUUGGUGCUAACAAAACCCUUGGGUACCCAGGUGGCAGUGAAUGCCCACCAGUGGCUGGAUCAGCCCGAACGUUGGAAUCGUAUUAAGUUGGUCGUUUCCGAGGAGGAUGUACGCAAAGCCUAUCACCGUGCCAUGAAUUCGAUGGCCCGCCUCAACCGCACGGCUGCCCGUCUUAUGCACAAAUACAAUGCCCAUGGUGCUACGGACAUUACCGGCUUCGGUUUGCUGGGUCAUGCCCAGACUUUGGCCUCCCAUCAGAAGAAGGAUGUCUCCUUUGUUAUUCACAAUCUGCCGGUUAUUUCGAAAAUGGCUGCCGUGGCCAAGGCCUGUGGUAACAUGUUCCAAUUGUUGCAGGGUCACUCGGCCGAAACCUCUGGUGGUCUGCUCAUCUGCUUGCCUCGUGAACAAGCCGCCGCCUACUGCAAAGACAUUGAGAAACAAGAAGGCUAUCAGGCCUGGAUUAUUGGCAUCGUUGAGAAGGGCAACAAGACAGCCCGUAUCAUUGACAAACCCCGUGUCAUUGAAGUGCCCGCCAAGGACUAAGAUAA